AUGGCCAUGGCACCCAGAGCGCUGCUCCUCCUGGCCGUCGGGCUCAUGGUCGUGGCCUCGGCGAGCGCCCACGGCGGCUACGGGUCGUGCCCCAAGGACGGGCUGAAGGCGAAGGCGUGCGUGAGCGUGCUGGGCCUGCUCAGGGUCAAUGUCAACCAGCCGCGCGACGAGCACUGCUGCUCGCUCCUCGACGGGCUCGUCGGUCUGGACGCGGCGCUCUGCCUCUGCACGAAUCUCCAUGUCAACUUGCUCGACCACAACCUCGACCUCCCCGUCGACCUACGCCUCAUUCUCAACAACUGCGGCAAGGUCUGCCCCACCGAUUUUCAGUGCCCACACCACUAG